AUGUCGUCUGCAGACGAAGCCGGACCAUCUCGACGAAGCGGAAGACGAACCCCUCGUAUCAGAUACGACGUCUCUUCGGCGUUCGACGGGAUCGAGGGUAUAGACGAUGGUCCUCGAAGACCACCUUCUACCGAUCCUACCGAUGACUCGAAUGCGUCUGACGACUAUGGAGAACCAAAGGGGAAGGGAAAGGGUAGGGCGUCUCAUCAAGGACGGGUCGAGAGCCCUCACAGCGAUUCCGAAUAUGACGAGGACGAAAUCGAUGCCGAGGUCGAGGCAGAUGAGGCCGACAUACGGAUGAACAAUAUGGACGUAGACAGCUCAAUGGAUGAAGAUGAAGACGAGGACGAGUACGAAGGGUCGGUAGCGGAACGCAAGCCGAAGCGCAGGCCACCUAGACGAGGGAAAUCGCUAGAGGCUUUCAGGCUACAAGAAAUCACCCCUCGAGACGACCACGAUGUCCCCGACGACAAGGCGGUCGUCGAUUUCAACACGAUCUGUGAUCCGGGAUAUAAUUACGGCCACAAAUAUAUCAUCCGAAGAGAUCAACCUAGACGACCGAAUGCUAUCCGGUUCACUCAGACACCAGUCCGACCUCUUGGCUUGAGCCGACUGAAGGAGAAACCGCAUCUCGGUAGACUUAGCGAGGUCGAAUACACCGACGAAAGCGACUGUGGGACCAAAGAGAAGUACAACAGCUUGCUCGAAAUCCUUCAUGCUGUGCCUUCGGAGAUCCCGUGGGACCUAUGGAAGGGAGAAGGGUGGUGGUCGGAUUGCUGGACGUACGAUGCGGAAGGCAAGGCGAAUUGGACGUCUCGCUCCGUCAUCGACGUCGGUUUGCAUGAGGUGGGAAGGCUCAAGAAGGAAGAUAUGCGGUACCUAAACGCCGACCAAGCAAAGCCUUACCUCGCCGAACGCAAUAGACCAAAUCUUACUCUGAUCUUGGGGUUGGACAACGAGGCUGCCGAGAUGAAGGAGGAAAAGAUCGAGACAAAGAUGUUCGAUUCUAGAAAGUUGGGAGGGUCUAGUCAAAGGCAGGCCAACCUGUUUGAUGCAGGAGGGUAUGUCUCCGGGUUGGAGUGGUGCCCGAUGUCUGAGACCGAGUCGAGCAGGAGAAAUUUCGAGCUAUACCUCGCCGUCGCUACACUCGAUCCGGCGACCCAGCCCAACCGGACAGGUGGUCUCGCACCGGAUCUCAAGGGAGCCCUACAGAUUUGGACAGUCUCGCCGGGAAGUGGAAUCAAUGAGACGGGUCUCCAAGAAGAAUUCUUCGAUGCGGCCAACGACGCAGACAUGAAAUGCUCGCUAGUCUUGUGCAUCGAAGGUGGUCCCAUCAUCGACUUCAAAUGGAUGCCCGUAGGGUGCUGUGACGAGGUCGGGUCUGACACGAUACCGAAGAUAGGGAUCAUCUCGGCUGUUAUGACAGACGGAACAAUUCGCUUUUUCUCAGUACCUGACCCUCGGCAGGCGGGGUCUGAUCCUGUCUUUGUCCAUGUGGAAGCUCUUCUGAUAUUGGGGGCGGAAGACGGUGCGGCUAUGAGUCUGGACUGGGGGUCAUCAAGCAUGCUAGCGGUCGGCCUGAGCAACGGAUCGGUCUGCAUCUGGGAUAACGUCGUAGACCUGUUGACUGGAGACGAAACGAUCCUUCUGCCUACCAACCGGAUGCCGAUUCAUACUUCCGCUGUUCAGACCGUUCGGUGGGCUCGCAUGCCUGCAGCGGACGCCCACGAUCGAACCCGGCUGGAUCUCCCUCCACCGUACCUUUUGAGCGCGAGUUGGGAUGGGACGCUGUAUCUGGUCGACAUGCGAGAUUCGACCUUCAUGUGUGAUAUCGAAGGGCAGCCGCGAUUCCACGGUGCUCUCGAUUGGAGCGGAUUUAUGGAGAGUAUCCUCUGGGUCGACAGCGAAUACUACGGUCUCCUCGUCAAGAUGCGGCGAUAUACCCAGUUCGGCACCUAUCGGACACAAAGUCAUGAAGGGCCGCUCACUUGUUUCGGCGCUUCAGAUUAUCACGGCAUGCUGGUGAGCGGGGGUGCAGACGGUGUGGUCGGUUGGACCAACUCGGUACAGAACGCGCUCAGGUACAAGAAAACAGAAAUGAUUACCGGUGAACUGUAUCAGCUUGACUUGAACCGGAAUACGGGCGAAUAUCGUAUGCUCGGUAGGAUGUUGCCCGAAACUUCUGCUUUGAUGCGAAAACUCGUGGUUACCGGAAAGGGGGAUCGCCUCAAGAAGGCAAGUCCCUCGUGGUCCCCGGAUAUCAGUAUCACCUCCCUCGCAUGGAAUAACGGCAACGGGAUUGGGAGAGCCGGGAUGAUAGCAUCUGCUAGUGCGAGCGGGUUGUGUAGGAUCGACUACAUGCAGGGGUACAAGGAAGAGAGUAAGCUGGCACAAUUCCGAGCAAGAAUUGGAAGAAAAGAGGGCAAGGCUCCAGCGGGAGAUUCGGACGAGGAUGACGACGAAUAA